AAACAGGCGAAAGCCGACCACGGACAGCUCGAAAGUGUUAAGACUGGAAGAGUAACGAGAGCAGUAAUAAUGCCAAGCAAACAAUUCACUGCAGCCGACCGGACUGCGCUCGCUGAGGUCGGCAAGGUUUUGUCGCAGCAUGCGGAAGCUUUCGGUGCAGAAUCUUUGGCCAGGUUGUUUCUAACUCAUCCUGCAUCCAAGAUUUAUUUCAGUGAGUUCACUGACUACAGUGCUGCCGGCCCUCGGGUCAGAGUCCACGGUGCUAAAGUACUCGGAGCUGUGGCCAAAGCGAUUGGGCACUUGGAUGAUCUGCAUACUCACCUGGAACCGCUUGCCGCCAAACAUGGCCAUGAUCUUGUGGUGGAUCCUCAAAACUUCCCGACAUUUGUUACUACCGGCCAUCUCUGGGUAAUACGUUCAGGGUAUAGUUGUUGUCAACGGUACGGUUCUUACCCAUCCUUUCUGACCGAACUUGUUACUUGCAACUAAUACCGGAUGUGAUUAUAACAAUCUAUAAUACAAGUGUUUCUACACCACCCUUACCACCUCUUGAACUAUUGCCUGGAGCCUAGGUUUCGGAUAUGCGGAGCACCUGACACUUCCUGGGUCCGGACGGAGUCGGAUUUAGUAUGAAUAAAAAUGUACUCACGCUGUGACUCGUCCUGGUUCCCCAUUGGUGUGGUGCAUCUUUUGUACCCUGCUCGCAGCGCCAAUUGAAAGGUUUGAGGAAUACUCUGGUACAAAAUUUCAACACUCUGAGUCCAGAUGCAAUAUUCAAGUGGUUCCUUUAUUAUGCAUGCAGGGAGCAAACGCUGUGCAAUCCAGGCGCUUCUCCACCAAGGUUCAAAUCAGCAGAGUUGAUAUAUUUUUACUAUCAGUUACAGCUUAAUGGUAUUAAUUAGACAAAGGCCACAGCACAAUGAGCCCCCCGGUGGGCUGAUAAUUGUGUUCUUGUACAGUAAUUCCAGUGCAGCGACUGGGUAUUGUCCUUUUGGAGACAGCAAAGAAUGUAUGUUUGUUCUAUACAAAUGGUUUACAGGGGCUGACUAGAUGUGGUUCAAGGCUAUCAGACAGUGUGAAAUGGCCUUCCCCAUUUCUUGACCGAGUCAUCCUGUGUCCCUGCCCGUGUGUGUCUCCCACUUUCUAAU